AUGUCAUGUAGCAACGAAGUUCGCAUUCCAAGUAACUGGGCUUUUUUGGAGAAAGAAGUUCUCAAGGAACAGCCAGAUCCCGAACUUGUUGAUAUUGAUGGGCUUAUAAAAUGGGUCGUUGAAUGUGAGAUAGCCGAUGAAAAUAUGGUUCGAAAGUAUGUAAAAAUAGUAAGACCUUACUACUUUGCGCGCUUACUCUAUCCAAUUCUUCCCAACAAUCGUUUGUGUCGAGAAGCGUUUAAAAUAUUCCUACAUUUCGUUAUUGCCGUUUACCGUUGCGAUGACAGAAUGGAAACGGAAUGCGACCUAAACGACAUGGGGAAAAUUUGCAAUGCAUAUGACAAGUUAGAUGAACAACUAUGUGAAACGUUUCCAAAAAUUCCAACCGUGAAGGAAAUGCAGUCAUCGCUCAAGUUUCUGUCGGAAGCAAAGUUGAUAGCCCCGGUUACUUUGUGCAUGGAUUUUGUCAACAAAGUAACAUGCGCUAUACUGACGCACGGCAGCGUUUCGGAAGACGUAGUGUUUGAAUUCCGACGACGAUUAUCGAAUUCAGUAUCAAUCUACUUAAAAGCAGUGAAAUCCGAAAAGAAUAUGACACCAGAAGAUUCGGACAACGAAACUUUGUGGAGGCGUAUAUUUGGAGGUGGACCUCUGUUUUUGCUGCUGUAUGUAGAGAUAUCUUCAUUUUCAUUGGGAAAAACAAAGGAGUUUAUUCCAACGAUAACCGAGAUGUAUGUGGUCUCAUCCUUAUGCUGUAUUAUUACAAACGACGUGUACUCGUAUUAUCGAGAAACAACCGAAAGUUUGAUUUACUGCGACAGUAUAAUCAAGGUAUGGUUACACAACAAAGAAAUCACCACCAUACCAGAAGCCAUUGCUAGAAUCACCAAUAUUCUCAACGCAACUGUAAAGUACAUGUUUGAAAUGGGGAAGAACGUGAAAAUCCAAUAUCCUAACAGUCCAGAAGUCCACGCGCUCUUCGAAUAUAUUGCAUAUGCAACGAUUGGUUGGAUGUUCAUGCACGACCAGGGUAGCCACCGAUAUAGAGAUUCCCCAUGGAGAAUUUCCUUAGUUGACGUGAAAGAGAUAGACCUGCAACAAAAUAAGGAUUCGUACGGUGAAGACGUGCUGAAAACGUUCUUGGAAAUGUCAAAUUCGAAAGCCAAGAAAAUCAUUGAUGCCCUCCGAGGUGUUAUUGCAGUACGUGAAGACCUUAUUUAUGACAAUUGCUAACGUAUAAUACAUGCUUUUCCACAAUUGCUUUACAUUUAGGUACAUUUUCUUGACUUUGAAGGUUUGUUCAUUGUGAUAUGUCUAAUUAACCAGACGAAUUGGAAAAUAUGUGACGCUUUAAGUCUGUUGUUUAGCUGACCAUAAUUUUAAAAAGUGCAAAAUAAAGAUAUACAUGCAGUC